ACAGUGACUGCAACCAUGGGGUCCGUUAUGGAAACUCUUGGGCAACUGAUGCAGGCCCACGGGUUUCUUCUGUUAGGUACAGUGUCACUGCGGGCUAGAUCUGACCUAACAACAAUGUUAGACCAAUGUAACUGCAGAAUAAAUGUGUUCUCAGCCAUUUAUAGGAAAUACUUGUUUUUCUGCAGUGUUUCCUGAGGUUAUAGGCGGGUGUUUGAGGAGUACAUGCGGGUUAUCAGCCAGCGGUACCCAGACAUCCGCAUUGAAGGAGAGAAUUACCUCCCUCAACCAAUAUAUAGACACAUAGCAUCUUUCCUGUCAGUCUUCAAACUAGUAUUAAUAGGCUUAAUCAUUGUUGGCAAGGACCCUUUUGCUUUCUUUGGCAUGCAAGCUCCUAGCAUCUGGCAGUGGGGCCAAGAAAAUAAGGUUUAUGCAUGUAUGAUGGUUUUCUUCUUGAGCAACAUGAUUGAGAACCAGUGUAUGUCAACAGGAGCAUUUGAGAUCACCUUAAAUGAUGUACCUGUAUGGUCUAAGCUGGAAUCUGGCCACCUUCCAUCCAUGCAACAGCUUGUUCAAAUUCUUGACAAUGAAAUGAAGCUGAAUGUGCACAUGGAUUCAAUCCCACAUCAUCGGUCAUAGCCCCACCAAUCAGCACUGGAAACUGUUUUGCGUUAAGGUCUUUUGCAAGAGCAGCGAGACUGACCUCAUGAAGGCCUGUACUGAAGACAGCCUGCUGUUAGUACAGGCCAGAUGCUCUCCUGGCAGGCUCGUUGUACCUCUUGGGAAACCUCAGUGCAAGACAGGUUUUCAGUGCUGGCACAGUUUGGAAUUCUGCACAUCCGUGGAGUGCAAUAAUGUAUAGCUUUUUUUUUUAAUUCACCCAGUUAAUAGUUGAAAAGUAAUUAUUACUACUUGUAACUUUUUUUAAGUCGUAUUUGAAAAGUAAGAAAUUGAGUUAACUAUUUGAUUUCCCACCCCCCAAAGACAUCUGUGAAAUCUGUUGUGAUUUUUUGGUAUGAAUUUUUCCUUUUUAUUGUUUAAAAUUAAUCUUUGGGGGGGUGAUUGCCGCUGUAGCUCCCAGGUGUGGUCUAAGAACUUAACAGACAUCUCAUUUGGUCAUGCCCAAUUUAUAUAGAUUUCAAAAUACUGCAGAUUGUGAAACAGUGCAUUACACAAGAUUAUAGUGGGGUUGGGGGCGGGGGGAAAUCCUAUAUCCAGAGUACGCUACCAAUUUGUGUGUGUGUGUGCGUGAGCGUGAUUAUCAGAGAACUAAAAGACCAACUGCUUUUUAAACCCUGUUGUGUAGUUCAAAUGUCUUGCCUUGCCAGUCUAAUGACUUGAUUAACUGGGCCUUUAUACUUACAUAAAUAAAAAACUAAGCAGAUAUAAGUUAAAUAAAAGUUUCAAUUUAUUGUG